AUGGCCACGGCGGAUAACUUUCCACCUCACGACGCUGCGGCGCCUUUCAAAUUUCCAGAACAAGAGAAGCAGGUUCUGACUCACUGGAGAUCCAUCGAUGCUUUCAAGACUUCGCUGAGGCAAUCUGAAGGCAAGCCUCUCUUCACCUUCUUUGAUGGUCCACCAUUCGCCACCGGUCUGCCUCACUAUGGACACUUGCUAGCAGGUACCAUCAAGGAUAUUGUCACACGGCACGCUCAUUCCACGGGACACCAUGUGGAGCGACGAUUCGGGUGGGAUUGCCAUGGUCUGCCGGUAGAGCACGAGAUUGACAAGAAGCUUGGCAUCACAGGCAAGGAAGAUGUCAUGAAGAUGGGCAUCGACAAGUACAAUGCCGAAUGCAGAGCCAUCGUCAUGCGUUACCAAGCAGAGUGGAAGACGACAGUGGAGAGGAUGGGAAGGUGGAUCGACUUUGAUGGAGGUUACAAGACCCUGGACAAGACCUUCAUGGAAUCGGUUUGGUGGGUCUUUGGUCAGCUCUACCAAAAGGGUCUGGUUUACAGGGGAUUGAAGGUCAUGCCGUAUUCCAUGGGCUGCACCACCCCUUUGUCCAACUUUGAGGCGGGCUUGGACUACCGCGAUGUCCAAGAUCCUGCCGUCACCAUCAGCUUUCCCCUUGUUGACGAUCCCACCACCGCUCUCUUGGCCUGGACAACCACACCUUGGACCUUGCCUUCGAACUUGGGCUUGUGCGUACAUCCCGAUCUUGAGUACAUCAAAAUCUACGACGAAGAGAGAAAGAUGAACUUUUGGAUCUUGGAAAAGCUCCUGACCACGCUGUACAAGGAUCCCAAGAAGGCCAAGUUCUCAAAAGUCGCCAAGGCAAAAGGUUCGGAAAUGGUGGGAUGGAAGUUUGAGCCCGUGUUUCCAUACUUCUACGAGAAGGUGAGCUGGCUCGUACCCCGCCUCAAGUACAUCACAUCCGUGCUUACGCCAUGUUGCGAUCGGCAUGCUCGCCCGUUCAGUAUAAAGAAACAGCUUUCCGCGUGGUUUCGGACACUUACGUCACUGCCGAUGCCGGCACCGGUAUCGUUCAGCAAGCUCCCGCCUUUGGUGAUGACGAUUACCGCAUUGCGAUAGCAAACGGCAUUGUCACGAGGGAGGUGCCUCCACCUUGCCCGUUGGACGAGAGUGGUCGCUUUACCGCCGAGGUAGCUGAUUACAAAGGCAUCAACGUCAAAGAAGCCGACAAGCAGAUUCAAAAAGAUCUCAAAGCAUCCGGAAGGAUGAUUGUGCAGAGCACCCUCAGACACUCUUAUCCGUACUGCUGGAGAUCAAAAUCUCCCCUCAUUUACCGCGCUAUUCCCGCUUGGUUCAUCAGAGUCGAAGAAAUUCAGGAUCGACUGCAAAGGCACAAUGCCGGAACUCACUGGUAAGUUGCGUGCUGGCCGUGCUGCAGGAUCACGUGGGCGCGAAAGCUGACUUGCUUCCCUCCUUCGAUGCUUGCUGCUCAGGGUGCCAACGUGGGUCAAGGAGAGUCGUUUCGAUCACUGGCUCGCCAACGCGCGGGACUGGAACGUUUCGCGUAACCGAUACUGGGGCACGCCCAUUCCACUAUGGGCGAGCGAUGACAUGGAAGAGAUCGUUUGCGUCAAGUCGGUCGAAGAGCUGGAGAAGCUUUCUGGUCGAAGCGAUAUCCAAGAUUUGCACAGAGAAAGCAUUGAUGGCAUCACUAUCCCUUCUAAACAGGGCAAAGGAGAUCUGAAGCGCGUGGAAGAAGUCUUUGACUGCUGGUUCGAGUCUGGAAGCAUGCCGUACGCACAGGGUCACUACCCCUUCGAGAACAAGGACACCUUCGAGACGGGUUUCCCCGGCGACUUUAUCUGUGAAGGUCUGGACCAAACGCGAGGAUGGUUCUACACCCUGCUGAUUCUGGGCACGCAUUUAUUCGACAAGUCUCCCUGGAAGAACCUCAUUGUCACUGGUCUUGUCCUCGCAGGUGAUGGCAAGAAAAUGAGCAAGAGUGCCAGGAACUACCCUGACCCAACACUCAUGUUCGACAAGUAUGGAGCCGACGCGGUCAGGCUGUAUUUGGUCAACUCACCCGUGGUUCGUGGCGAGAACUUGAAGUUCCGAGAAGAGGGAGUCAAGGACGUUCUCGCAAUGGCUUUCCUUCCUUGGCUCAACAGCUUCAGAUUCUUCCUCGGCCAAGUUGCCCUCCUCAAAAAGUUGACUGGCAAGGACUUCAAAUACGAUGUCAACGCACCCAAGAGCGAGAACGUGUUUGACAGGUGGAUUUUGGCUAGGUGCCAGAGUCUCAUUCAAUGGGUCAGAGAUGAGAUGGAUGGUGAGCACGGCUGUGUGCCGUACCUGUUGCCCUUGACACCGCUUCCAAACCAAGUCCUGACGCCGUCCCCUUCUGAUGCGCUGGUUCGCAGGGUACCGACUCUAUACUGUCAUGCCCCGAUUGCUUAAUCUGAUCGACGAGUUGACGAAUUGGUACAUCCGUUUCAAUCGACAGAGGUUGAAGGGUGUGAAUGGAGUGGACGACACCUACGCUGCUCUCAACUCCCUCUUCGAGACGCUGUAUACUCUGUGUCGCACCAUGGUGAGUUCUGCUGUUGCAUUUUGAGUGUGACUGGCUCAUGAGCUGACGUGCCGAAUGCGUCGCGCCCUAGUCUUCCUUUACGCCUUUCUUGACAGAGACCAUCUACCAAGGCCUGCGUCCUUUCCUGCCUGCGGCCCCUGCCUCUGACAAACAAGACUAUCGCUCUGUGCACUUUCUGCCCUUUCCCGAAGUCAAUUCCCUCUACUUGGACCCCAUCAUUCAGAGGAGAUUCGCUGCGCUGCAAACCGUCAUCGAGCUGACGCGCACAGUCAGAGAACGCAAUACUAUACCGCUCCGGUCGCCCUUGCAAGAAUUGGUCGUCUUCCACGCCGAUGCCGGCUUCUUGAAGGAUGCGGAAAGUCUCUCCUCUUACAUAUCCGAGGAGCUCAACGUCAGAGACCUGACAUUCACGAGCGACGAGACCGCUUGUGGGGUCAGGUACAAGCUGGUAGCAGACUGGCCAGUCCUCGGUCGCAAAUUGAGAAAGGACAUGGGCAAAGUAAAGAAGGGGCUGGAAGAAGUCACAUCCGAUCAAGCAAAAGAGUACUUGGAAAAGAAGACGCUGAGCGUGGCUGGUGUGGAUCUUGUUGAAGGCGACCUCAAGGUAUUGCGCUAUGUCGAUCUGGAAGGCAGGAGUGGCAAAUGGGACCACAAUGGAGACGGAGAAGCUGUCGUCUUGCUCGACAUCGAAGCCCGCCCCGCCCUAGUCUCCGAAUUCAACGCUAGAGAACUCGUCAACCGCAUCCAACGACUCCGGAAAAAAGCUGGACUGCAGCCGACGGAUGAGAUCGACGCCUUUUACAGCUUUACCGAGGGCGUGGGAGCCGCUCUGAAAGAAGCCUUCGAGGAGCAAAAAGAAAUGUUCCAAAAGGUCAUUCGAAGAGUGCCCAUGGGUGUCGAACAGCGAGCUCCGAACGCGGAGCUCAUCACGGAGGAGGAACAAGAGAUUGGUGACGACAAAUUUACCCUGAGCUUGGUCAGAGCUUGA